AUGAGCGUGGAAACGGAGAAGUACUGCACAGUCCUUAUUCACUAUGAGAAGGGUGUGCCGCCGACUUCUGAAGAGCUUGCCAAAAAGUUGGAAAGCAAGAAGGAGAGCAUACAAGCAGAGGCUCUCGAAGAGCUGAUCCUGCUCAUGAUAAAUGGCGAGUCAUACCCAAAGCUCUUGAUGACCAUCAUCCGUUUUGUAGUGACGAGCAGAGACCACAGAGUCAAGAAGCUGCUGCAGAUCUACUGGGAGAUCGUAGAGAAAACCAAGGACAACGGCGACCUGAAAGAGGAGAUGAUCUUGGUCUGCAACGCCCUGCGGAAUGACCUGAUGCAUGCUAAUGAGUAUGUCUGUGGCUCGACGCUGCGGUUAUUGUGCAAGAUGAAAUACUACAGGAUCCUUGAGCCUCUAAAGGAGGCAGUGCUCAGAAACCUGGGCCACAGGCACUCAUACGUUCGCCGAAAUGCGGUGAUGUGCGUUUUCUCCAUCGUGAAGAGCUUUGGUGUGGAAGUUCUGCCCGAGGCCCCAGAAGACAUCGAGCAGUUGCUGCUGGUCGAGGGUGAUUUGUCCACCAAGAGAAAUGCUUUCCUCAUGCUCGUGAAUUGCGAUCAGGAGAGAGCCAUCAAGUAUGUCUUGAGCUUGCAAGAUCAGGUCAGUUCCAUGGGAGACAUCUUCCAGCUGGCGGUUUUGGAGCUUGUACGGAAGGUUUGCCGGUCGACAUCAGUCAACAAGGGCCGCUUCCUUCGGAUUGUUUUUGAUUUAGCUUCGUCAUCCUCAACCGCGGUGUCCUACGAAUGUGCCUCCUCACUGGUUUCGCUGUCCUCAUCACCUGUAGCCAUACAUCAGGCUGCGCAGGCCUAUGUGCAGUUGCUGACGGAGCAGUCAGACAACAACGUGAAGCUUAUUGUCCUUGAUCGGCUGCGAGAUGUGCAAAAGCACCACAAGCAGGUCAUGGAGGGCAUGGUCAUGGACAUCUUCAGAGCCUUGAGCUGCCCCUCCUUAGAUGUACGGAAGAAG